CUAACUAUAAGUAUGUCCACUGCUACUUGUCAGCUAUCAUUCAGUAAGUUAAAAUUAAUAUUAUGUUACUUAAGAGCUACAAUAAGUCAACAGCGAUUGUGCAACUUGGCAUUGACAAGUAUUGAAGAAAAUGAAAUGAAUGGUUUAAAUUUUAUAGAGAUAAUCAACGAGCUUGCCUCUGCAAAAGCCAGAAAAGUGAAGAAAAUGAAAUAA